GGUUCGCGUUUUCCUUCCCGCCUCGACGCGGGGGUGGAGAUCGCAGCAGGCGGAAAUUUGUUUCCAAAAGCUGUCGAGGACAUUGUUCUCCCCGCCUGCUCGGGCAGGCGGGGAGAGCAAUGUACUCGACAGCUUUUGGCAGUCGAGUACAUUGUUCUCUCAGUUCGCCCACAAAAAUUAUUACCGCUUUCUUUAAAUUAUUAUUGUUUAUUAAAUAGAGUGGUGGAAGCGCACGCUCACCAGCAGCGUUGAGGUUAUUACAUGUGGUCGAUGCUGCUUUGACUGCACAUCUCACAAGGCCAAAAAGCCCAGCCGGCCCCUGCUGUGCUCAAACCUGGCACCGCUCCAAAAAAAAAAAAAAAAAAAGAAUGUCCGGGGUAUAUAUAAAUACGCAGCCUAAAUUUGGAGGGUAGCGCCGGGCCCGCACCGAGGCGGCAGCGCAGAGAGGCAAGAUGUGGGCAGUUACGCAGGACGUGUCUUCAGCGGCCAUCGCCAAUCUCAAGGAGACGAGCCACGGAGGGUCUUUCCACGGCAGGCUCACAGUGACGAUCGACAAACUGCCAGACAAAGUGCUCCUUCUGGUGUUUUCCUACUUGCCCCAGCGCGAAGUUGGUCGCCUGGCCCGGGUGUGCCGGAAAUGGCGCACCGUGUCCGCGGACUCCCGCCUCUGGACGCACGUGUCCUUGAGACCCGAGGUGUCCGGCCUGCACGUGUCCAGCAUCGAGAAGCUGCUAGCUCUCAUUUCGGUGCGCUUCGGUCCCUCGCUGCGCUACAUAGAGCUCCCGAUCGAGCUCAUUACGCACACCGUGCUUCACGAACUUGGCAACAAGUGCCCCAACCUGAGCCACAUGCUGCUGGAUUUUUCCACGGCCAUGCAGCUGCACGACUUCAAUGACCUCCACACGUUCCCGACUAAGCUGCGUGUCAUGUGCAUCUGUCUGUCCGAGGUGAUUUUUAUGGAGGGCUUCAUGCGCAAGAUUUAUAACUUCAUAAAUGGCAUUGAAGUACUGCACCUGAUAGGCACUUACGAGAAAGUUGAGGAGGAGGAGGAGGAGAUAUACGAGGUGAUCAACAUCCACAAACUUAAAAGUGCAGUACCCAACCUUCGGUGUGUCAACAUGUAUGGCAUUGCAUUUGUGGAUGACACCCACGUUGAAGCUUUCAGUAGCAACUGCAUCCAGUUGGAAUGCCUGUCGCUCAAUUACUGUGCAAAGGUGACGGGCUCCACACUCAAACUACUGUUUCAGCGGUGUAAGAAGCUACGAACCCUGCUCAUGCAACAAACAGGGCUCAAGGCCGAGCAUGUCAUGGCUGUCGACUGGGAAAAUACCAGUGUUCAGGAGCUCGAUAUAACAGCUACCGAGCUCUCGACAGAAUGCCUCAGCGACUUGCUAUGUAGGCUACCAGCCCUACAUUACCUAAGUGCAGGACAGCAAGAUGGCUUCACCGAUCAGGUACUUAAAGACUGGAUGGAAAAGGGAAACAUCAAGAACCUCAUCGCCUUAGACCUGGACUGCAACGAGAAUGUGUCUGAAGAUGCACUUCUAAAGUUCAUUAAGGUUCAGGGAGCAAUGCUGCAGGGAUUGGUAUUGUCAGGAAUCCCUCAUCUCUGUGAGCAGUUUUGGGGCACCACACUUCCCAUUAUAAAGAAGAUUAGGAUCUUGGUUGCAGGUAUGGCCACUGGCUGCUGCAAGAAGAUUCACCAAAAAAUUCACAUUGACUCCAUGUUGGAUGCCAUUGCUAACAACUGCCCAGAAAUUGAACGACUCGAGAUUGGUUGGGACAGUGAGACCCUGCGGUUCAGCGAUCGAAGCAGCAAGGCCAUCGAUACAGUCAGAGUCAAGUGUUUGCGAUUGCGCUGUCUGGUUCUUUGCGACGGGAAGUACUUUGAACUGGUCAAGUCAAACUUUGAUCGGGCAGACAGGCAUACCCUGGUUCGCUCCACUACCAAUUGCAGAGUUUCACUGGUAUAUCUCCUUUCUUGCUAUAAAGACCUGGUGUUUAACUAAUGCAUGCUCCUAAACUUGCCAAUGUCCAUGUUUGCAACAGAAACAAACCUGCAGCAUGUAAACUGGUUACUGCGAUUUAUACAUUAAUCUGUAAAGCAGCGAGACCAGUUGAAGUAGUUCAGUAAAUUAAAUGCUGUCUAAAACCUGCAUGCCCUAUAAGAAGGUUUACACCUACAUAUGCGAGAGGCCCCGACGUUUUGUGCAAUAUCCUUGAAAAAAAAGAAUUUGGAAUGUACUCAUAUUAGAAGCAUUUAUGGCUCAUGCUGCCAUAAUAGAAGUGCCACAAGCUACAUGGAAUAUUAUGCAGGACCUGUGAAAGUAUCUUAGCUUAGUAACCUAGUCACUAGCAAAGUGCAACUCCACCUAGAUCAUUGAAGCAGGACAUACGGCUUUCUACCCACGGAGACCUACCAGCUUCUGUGGAAGAUUCCAACACAAUUCCCCAAGAUAACAAAACAUAUUUUAAGGUUUGUCUGGAAACACAGUUUUUGCUAAUGAAAUAGCAAAUAAAACAACAUUUAAAAACCA